UAAAACCGAAAAAUGAAAAUUCAUUAGGUUAAGGUUAUUUUGAGGUCAAGAAAUGGAACUUAAAUGUAAAAUUCAAAAUUAUGAAUGGGGCAAAAAAGGGAAGCAAAGUAAAGUAGCUACUUUAUAUAAGAAUGUUAACGAAGAAUUUACUAUAAACGAAAACACACCAUAUGCUGAACUAUGGAUGGGAACUCAUGUGAAUGCACCCUCGGAAAUAAAGAAAACUGGCGAAACACUAGCCUCUUAUAUAUCCAAUCACCCUGACUCAUUAGGCAAAGAAGUCGCCGAAUCAUUCAAAAACGAACUACCAUUUCUAUUCAAAGUAUUGUCUGUUAAUAAGGCCCUGUCGAUUCAAGCACAUCCAUCCAAAGAACACGCCGAAGAAUUGCAUUCCAAAUAUCCCGACAUUUAUAGGGAUCCCAACCACAAGCCCGAACUGGCAAUUGCGUUGACGCCAUUCGAAGCAUUGUGUGGAUUCAGGCCAGUUUCCGAAAUUAGAACCUUUGUUAAAAAUAUUCCUGAACUAGGGAAAAUUGUAAGUUGUUCAGAUGUGUGUGAUGAUGUCGAAUUUUUAAAGAAAGCUUUCAGGGCCGUACUAACUUGCGACAAACAAAUAAUCGUGGAAACAAUGUCCUCCCUACUGAAAAAAUUCAAGGACUUGGAUAAACCAAAAAGAGAGGAAUACAUGGCAGAUCUUGUUGAACGCCUCCAUUCCCAGUUCCCAAAUGACAGCGGCAUAUUGAUGGUCUAUUUUCUUAACUACCUGAACCUCUGCCCAUCCGAGGGGAUUUAUUUAGGGGCCAAUGAACCGCAUGCCUACCUCUCUGGGGACUGUAUCGAAAAUAUGGCUUGCUCCGAUAAUGUAGUCCGUGCAGGGCUCACACCCAAAUUAGUUGACGUGGACACCUUGUGUUGCAUGCUCAAUUACAAAGGUGAGAGACCGGAAGAUAAAAUUUUCAAACCGAUCCAGGAAGAUGAUCAUACUAGAUUAUAUAAACCUCCAGUAAAGGACUUUGCCGUAGCGCAAAUCAAUGUUCCAAGUUCUUUGGGGCAAUAUCGAAGCAUAAAAAGGAAGAGCGCCAGUAUUCUUAUAGUCAUAGAAGGUCAAGCAAAGUUCACUACUGGGGAGUUGAAACCGGGAACUAGUUUAUUCUUGGCUGCUAAUGAAGAGUUGGAGAUUUUGGAAGUGAAUGAGAAUUUGUUAAUUUAUCAAGCUUUUGCCAAUAUAUUUUGAAAAAAUUAUAUCAACAUACUGAUAGGCAAUUUA